AUGAACAGCAUCAUCCACAGCAGCUGCGCCAACAGCGCCCGCUGCCAAACUCGCGCCGUCGCAAGCAAGGACCAGGCGGCCUCGUCGACGCAUGGCACGACCCCGAGGUCCUCGACGUCCGCCGCUGCGUGCGCGCCCUCGCGCGCGCGGCGUGCGUCCAGCAUGUGGUGCGUACCCUCCCCCGCGCGACCCUGCGCACGCCGACCGCGGACUAACCAUCGCGUCGCCGACCCGCAGCGAUUCAGCGACGGCGUGCACUGCACGCGCUUCGUGGCCGCGCUCGGGCAUGUGUUGGCGCGCGCGUGGCAUAUCCCUCUCACGCCAGCAUCACUCUGCAUGUCCGCGUCGCCACCGUCGACGACGACGCGCCCCAUCCCCAUCCCCAUUGCCGCUCACGCUCACGCUCCGGCAGAGGCCCCUCGCGCGCGUGCGCCUCCGCGCGCGCGGGCUCUGGGCGGCGGCACGCCGGUCGUCUCCGUGUACAUCCCGCACCCGCUGGAGCGCUUCGCGCCGUCGACGACGUCGCCGGACCUCAAGUCCGUGCUGAACGCGCUCGCGGCAGAGCCCGUGCAGUUGCGGAUCCGGGGGGCCUGCGGUCCCUGGGAGGCGCACGGGCUUGGAUGUGUGGGCUCCGCGGACGCGUUGGGGGACUUUGGCGAGCGGGGCGAGGGCGAGGACGGAGAUGGGGACGGCUCGUUCUACGAGGACACGGCCUCUUUUUCUGCUGUACACGACGUCAGCUCCGUCCAGGUUGAGCCAGAGGAACCCAUCCUUGCCCCCCGUGCGCGCGCUGCCGCGCGCAGGCUCGGGUCCGGGCUCGGUUUCAGCGACGCAAUGCACUCAUCUGGAGCCGAGCCAGCUCCAACAUCAGUCUCGCCGCCCCGCCAGACGCUCGACCUCGUCGCGCUCUCUGUGAGUCUGGUCUCAGCGACGGCAGGCCGCUCUUCGGAUACGGUGGCGCCCAAGGCCGUGAACGAGACGCAAGCCAAGACUAUGACCAUGACCGCGACCAAGACCACGACCAAGACCAAGGCCGAAGACAAGCCGAAGCCGGGGGCAACCACCGGCGCGCGGUCGAGCGGGGAAACCGACGCGGGCGCGGACGCGGACACCACCGACGUUGACGUCGACGCGUCGAUGGCGGCGCAGCUCGCCACCGCGCUCGCGCUCCUCGGCGCGCUCGAGCCGCAGUCUCCGUCCGGCCCCCCACCCGCGCUGUGCGCGCACGCCGUCGAGAGUGUCGCCUCCGCCUCGACGCCUGACCGCCCCGCCCAGGCCCGCACUGUGCAGCCGCCGCCGCCGCGGCGACCCGCGUCGCAUUCACAGCUCCCGUCGCAACCCCCACCACAGGUCAAGGCGCACGCUCGGCAGGCGCGCGCCCAGAGGCACAGCGCCGCCGCGGCGGUGGAGCCUGUGAAGCUGCGCAAGAUGGGGUCGUGGGUGAGUGGGCUGUUCGGGGAGAUCCAGAACUUGAAGGGGCGGGAGAGGGCGGGUGCAGGGGGCGGCGCGGUCAGGGUGGAUGGGGACAAGGCGCGCGGGUGA